AUGGAGCGGAUCCAAGCAGGGAGGACGGGGACGGGCGAGGGCGCAGACGACGGGAGAUGUCGUCGCCGGGGGACGCCGCUGAGUGAUUAUGCGUGGAGGGCAACUGGUGGCACCGAUGAUGCUUACAGCGGAGGACUCCAGCGCGGAAGACUUAUGUUUGUUGUCAGUGGACUCCGGCAGCGGGGGAGAUGCUCCGACAGAUAUGGUGUGAGCGACGACGGUGGCGAGACGGUGGUGGUCGGACAGAAUUCUCACUAUUUCGAGCCCGAUUUUCCCAUAUCCCAUGAGAUUUCCGUACCAAUUUCGCGAGCCCGAAACUUCCGAUUGAACCGCCAUAUCACAUACUCGACGACGUCAGGACAAAGAUUUCGGGAAUUACAUGAAGCGGUGAACUUCUACAAGACUUAUGCUCUUACCGUUGGAUUUGACGUGAGGCAUAGCACGUUGGCGAAAGCACGUGACAAGACGGGUUACAAGCAGCGUGCAGUCAUCAGUCCUACGGCACGUGCUAAAGGACAC